ACUGAACUGACCUGUUUGUUUUCCCAUUUUCUAUACCGCUUUCCGAGGAGGGAAAACAAAGUUAGAAGGGACACGUGCAAGCUAAGGGCAUGACUAGCUCCUUGGCUCACGACACUGCAACUCCAUUAAUAAAUGGCAGUAAAAAUCCAUUAAAUACCCACUUCCCACGUACUCCCACUUUGGCUACUUCUUUUACUUCUUGUUAAUUUUGCCGGAUAUGUUCUGGGUUGUUUCUUCUCUCUUCCACCUUCUCUCUCUCUCUCUCUGUCUCUCUCUACUAAUAACUCUGUUAAGUUUCCUCUCUCCUUCAGCUUCUCUCUCAAAACUUUUGGAUCUGCAACCGCUUCUUCUCAUUUUUGUUGAAACCUCGCACUGCUGAAUUCUUUACCCCUCUCUCUCUUUCUCUCUGCAAACACGCUUGUCAUUGUAUCAGUGAUACCACUGUCAUUUUUUUUUACACGCUGGGUUGAGAGUGGUUUUGAUGGUCGAGCCACCGAUUUCCGGUUUUUGAUGCAUAUUUUUUAAAUUUCUGAUUUUCGAAAAGAACCGGGCAAGAUCGAGAUCCGAUUCCCGGUUUUUAAACCAUGGAACCACUAGCCACUAGGUACCCCAUAGGUGAUUCUGUGACCAUGGCCUCUCACUUUCCCUUCGCUUCUACUUUUACACACCCCAACCAUAGCUGCACGCUUUGCAGUGACGGUCUAAUCCCUGGAGGGCUUGUCUUCGACCAUGUCAUGGAGGUCUGGGACCCACCCGAUACCAUCAAUCUCGGUAUGAUGUGUAGUGCGCGGGUCACCAGCCGGUCGCACUGUACAGAGUUUACUUCUCUUGGAAUGGAAGGAUUUGGAAAGACUACAAUUUCUGGGUGCAUAUGAUGUGGUUGCAGAUAUUGAGGGACCUUCACAAUUCACCUCAAUACAGUUGGGGGAGCGCUUGCCUUACAUGGUUGUACAGAGAGUUAUGCAGGACAACCAACAGAGAUGGGGUUUUACUACUGGUUCAGUAUUGGGCAUGGUUCAGAUUCCUUUUUUUGUGCCCAAGGAAGGACCUUCCACCUGAUGAUGCAUAUGGCCCACCAUUUGUACAUUCUCCAUUGUCCAUUAAGACUGUGUGGGUCGUGAGCACGAAAAAUAGCCCCCAAGAAAUCUGUCUGGUCCAGUACCGUUAGCUUUUAGAUUCUAUGCAUCCCAAGCAGGUGGUUUGGCAACCAUAUGAAACUGAAUUAGCCCACAUGCCUGCGUUCUGUGUCGCAGGAAGGGACGUAUGGACGGUAAGGGUGCCGCUUGUAUGUUUCUGGCUAGUAGAGAAAUAUACACCUGACUGUGUUUUUCGUUAAUUUGGGAUGGUACAAGAAAUCCCCCCAUAUGUUGAUACUGAAGACGCCCUUUAUGACAUAGACCUGGGGGAGAAGAUUGCGGUGAACUGGAAGGACAAACAUUAUGGCCAUAUCCAAGUGUGGAAUAGUUGAACACGAUCUCUAUGUCAUGGAGUACGACUAGAGGGUGCUAUGUCGCUUGCUCAUCCAUACUUCAAUUGGUACGAUAGGGUGACUUGGAGGUUCGUCGACCACACUACCGCGUCACUUCUUAUUAUGAUUGUCAGUCACAAGCAGUUGUUAAUGCGUCAUGCAGUAGGUAGUCCUGAGUACAAGCAAAUUACAGCUGUACUUAAGGCAGUGUAACACCUUUGUCGUAUAACUGCCCAACUUCCCUUGGAAGAGAUCGAUGGGGCAAAUCAAGAAGCGUCAGAAAAUACUGGAUGACCAAGCACAAGCUUAACUCGUGCCAGCCAUAGCCAUGGUCAGCGUGCUGCACCCCAUCAGGUUGUCAGUAGGCCGGGUCCCCCUCCACCCCCACAUGCACCGAAGUUCCCUCCACCCCACAUGCAUCUCCUACCCCAAAGAUUCCUCCACGUACUGUUCAUGUAGUUCCUGACCUAGAGAUCCCUCUACCCACUGUUCAUGCAUCUUUUCACCCCGAGAUCCCUUCACACACCCCACGUUCAUUUUUUGACCCCGCUCAUCUUUCAUUUGCCCCGCCAUCCUUUGAUCUCGGCUAUGAUUUCAGUUAGACCCCUCCUGUCAUGCACACUUAAUCCCCCUCAUACAGCAUUGGUCAUAUAGACCAUGUAUCACCCCAUAGUCAGUCCAUGUCAUUCAUGCCCACUCCUGGACUGCAUACGGAUCCCAUGACUACGGGCCGUACUCACAUUUCAUCUGCUACACCAUCCUCCCUCGCAAUUGUAAGAUCUUCAGUUGUUGGAAGUUAAGCAAAACAGCGAGAUGUGCAUGUUGAGAAUGAGCAAGUAGUUGGGUUACAGUCACCCCCACAAGGUCGACCUAAACGCACAACAAAAGCACCUCCUUGUGGGACAGGCGGUCACAAAGCAGGACACAAGGCUGGCCCCACGCAACGCGAGGAGUCUCACCAAGGAGAUGCAGUACCCCUUCCUCCACAUACCAAACACUAUACGAGACAGCAUAAGCGUAAAAUGCAUUAGGAUCAGCACCCCAUUUGAAUGUGUGCACUUUGACUGCAUGUACUGUGGGAUUACAGCUUUGUCAAGUCGAGAAUCUAAACUCUUGGCUGGAAAUCGUAGUAUUGCCCAGCCAUAUGAAUUCAAAGUUGGAGCUCCUCCAGGCAAAGAAAGGAAACGUGACCUUGCAGACAACCCAAAUGGUCUGUUUUCUGCACAGGCUGCACCUAAACCCCCAGCAGCUAUGUACUCAAUAACUGAAGGGAUGAAAUUAGGGGGAAAGCGAACUGUGAUUAUUCCUCCAGAGGCUGGGUAUGGCCAAAAGGGAAUGAAUGAAAUCCCAGUUGCAGAGAUGGAAGCUAUUUUGCAACAACACAAUAAUACGAUGCCAUCACGUGAUGUCCUUGUGUCACUUGCAGAUAAGUUCAGUGAGUCACCGGAUCGUAAAGGCAAGAUUACAGUUCAAAUGAAGCAAGUUUGGAAUUGGUUCCAAAAUAGGCGAUAUGCUAUAAGGGCAAAACUAAGUAAAGCUCCUGGGAAGUUAAAUGUGUCUCCUAUGCCUCGGGAUGAUUCAACUCCAGUGAUAAAUGUGCCUCAGUCAAUUUCUGCCCCUAUACCGGCUCCUUCAGUGUUUCAGAGUUCAAACUUCUGCAAACUAUGUGAUAAAGGAGAGAGGUUGAAUGGGAAAAAUUUAGAGCUCCCCGAAGGAUCAGAAAGAAAGGAAUACAUAAUCGGGGAUUUAGGCUAUUCUUUACUUCCCUAUCUUAUCAUCCCCUAUGAAGGGAAAGAACUCCUUGAGUCAAGAGCUGAAUUCAAUAGGCGGCAUCAUGCCACUCAGAUGGUGGCGCACAGGGCAUUUGCAAGAUUGAAAGACGUGGAGAAUUAUUCAAGGAGUGAUGUGGAGGCCCGACAAACAUAGGUUGCCGAGGAUUAUUCUUGUUUGCUGCCUGCUUCAUAACAUUGUUAUUGAUAUGGAAGAUGAGGCGCAGGACGAAGUACCUUUCCAUUUCUGAUUUAUGAAUUAGUUGGUUAAAGAUUGCUGUCUUGUAAUUUAUGAGGAGCUUCUGGGUCAGGAUCUCCUGAAAAAUAUAAAGUUGAAUUCAUAUUUUAUUUGUUUUCGUCCUAAGUUGUAAAUUAUUUAAGGAAGACAGUGCAUUACUGGCAAAGACUCAAGAAGGAACCAGAUGACAGGCUGAGACAACCAAAGUGAGAGCUCGAGAUUUUGUAUUAGGAAAAAAAAAAAAAAACAAUUGCUCCAUUAUUGGACGUGUCCAAUAAAUGCUGGAGAGAUUUGGCACUCCCCACGUAUUUUUAUUAUGACCAUCUCAUAUCUUUUUCUUUUUGAAUGUGAUGUUUCUGUUUCAA